GUCGCGUUUUUGAAUUGAGGACAGCACGGCGACUGUAAUGUCCCGAUCAGAAACACAAUAGCGAAAUCGCCGCGUACUUGGAAGUUAAUACCUUGUUGAGUCGGUGCUGUCGAUUUUACGCUUGUUGUUAGCCAUUACCGCUGUCCCCUAUCGUUUUCUGUGGUGUUGAACCAUGGUGUCGAAACGGAAACGCGAUCCCCUCGAGGGUUUCGACCCGAAUAAAUCGGACCCGGAAGACGAGAACUUCGACCCGAGUGAGGAGCGGCCGCGGCGGAGCCCCAAAAAGUCGCGCACAUCGAGGCCGAAAGCGUCACGGAACAGACGGCACAACCGCUACAGAGGGUCCGACAUCGAGGAUGACGACGAGGAGCUUUCUGAUAGUGACCAGGAUGAUUCUUUCGGCGAAACUGAGGAUGAUGACGAGGAAGAGGACGAAGAUCUCCCUUUGAAUGCUACGGGCAGGAAGAUGAGGAAGGCCGCUGCUAGGCAUCAGUCCUACAAAGAAAGUUCCGAAGAAGAGGAUGUGGUUAAGGAUUCCGAUGAUGGUGACGAAGAAGCUGAAAAAGAUGAGGAACUGGAAGAGCCCCCAAGAAGGCCAUCGAACCGUCCCUCGAGGAUCGUGGUUCUUAAGACAAAUCAACGGUGGCAACGAGGGUCAAAACGCGCGAAAGAAGAGGCGCCACAUCCCCCAGCACCGACGCGUCGUACCAGAGCCCGCACGGAGGAAGUCGAGGAGGAAUUCGUAGAGUUGUCGAAUUCGGGACGCCACGCGCAGCCAGCACGUGCUUCGCGGAGUAGGAGCCCGGAAGCGAUGGCCCGAGCGACUCGCAGCACCCGGGCGACGAAGGGCGUGAAGCAGCCGCCGCCGCCUAUCGAAGAAGCGACCCAAGAAACUGACCCCACGGAGGAGGCUGAGCAGGGAUUGGAGGAACCGGAUGAGCUCGCUCUUACUAAGAUUGAGGAUGAGCCGGAGAAGCCAGAUGACGGAGCUGAUGUUCAGGAGAAUGAAGAACCCGAGGAUGCUGCCAUGGAGGACCAGCAAGAAGAGCAGGCCGAGCCUGAAGCUGCGCCAGCCGAGGAUGAAGACGAGGAAGAUGUUCGACCCGUCACGAGGCGCACGCGGUCAAGAGCGAACGCGGCCGCUCAGGCCGAAGCCGAGGGGGCUGAGGUUGAGCCCGAGACCACGAGGAAUACUCGUCGUUUGACGCGGAAAUCACGCCUGCGAAGCAAGAAAAGCCUGCAGGAGCCUAGUAGCGAUUUCGAACCUGGCGACGAAUCCGGCGAAGGCGAAGCCUCGGGCACAGAGCCCUCGAAGAGCGGUGAGGUCGACGACGAUGUCGAGUCCACCCCAACGCGUCGUGGACGCGGCUCUCGAGCCCCAAGUCGAAGAAGCCGUCGCAAUCGGAAUGAUUCAGGGGAUGAGGAAAUCGAGCUUGACAAAGAUGAGAUGGCGGAGGAGCUUGAAGAACUUAGGGAAUCUUCCAGGUCGCGCCCUCGUCGCACUCGCCGCCGCUCCCCCUCUAUACAGUAUGAGGAACGAGCAACCAAGAAACGGCGCACAAAGCCUGUCAAUUACAGUAUUCCGGCGAUCGACCCUGCCGCACUCGAGAUCGAGGAAGACGACGGGGAGCCGGUAGCAACGCCUGCAAGGAACCGAAGGAAUGGUGCGGGGGCCGGCGGCCGGGUUUGGGAACGCACUCUUAAUACCACCUAUGGCCCGUUCGGCGGUGGCGGCGGAGCUGGGGCGUUGCUUGGGGGCCCCUGGGGCACCGGGGCGACGGGCGGCGUUGAGUCGGAUAGCAGCGAUGAUGAGUUAGUGCAGCGGUCUGGUAUCGGCGGCGCAGUCGGCAUGACCCCCACCACAGCUACCCCUGCUGUCGGCCUGUUCAACCCGCUCGGCCAGACUCACGGCGAUGGCGGUGGAGGCAUCGGCGGGGCUACGCCGCAGGUCGGCAAAGUCAAGAAUCAGAAGGCAUUCGCUGAUGCUGAUCCCCUCGGAGUCGAUAUGAGCGUCGACUUCAGCAAGGUCGGAGGCUUGCAAGGUCACAUCGACCAGCUCAAGGAGAUGGUGCAGCUCCCGCUACUCUAUCCCGAGCUGUUCCAAAGGUUUCACGUCACUCCUCCGCGUGGUGUUCUCUUCCAUGGCCCGCCUGGCACGGGUAAAACGCUCCUUGCCAGGGCUCUGGCGAACUCGGUUGGCUCGGGAGGCCGCAAGAUCAGCUUCUACAUGCGCAAGGGAGCCGACGCGCUCAGCAAGUGGGUCGGUGAGGCCGAGAAGCAGCUGCGUUUGCUGUUCGAGGAGGCUCGAAGGACGCAGCCCAGCAUCAUCUUCUUCGAUGAGAUCGAUGGCCUCGCACCUGUGCGAUCAAGCAAGCAGGAGCAGAUCCACGCCAGCAUUGUCUCGACCCUGCUGGCCUUGAUGGACGGCAUGGAUGGCCGCGGCCAAGUUAUUGUCAUCGGAGCAACGAACCGUCCAGAUAACAUCGACCCGGCCCUCCGUCGGCCUGGGCGCUUCGACAGGGAGUUUUACUUCCCCCUGCCCGACCUGGAGGCACGUCGGUCCAUCCUCGACAUUCACACCAAGGACUGGGGGAUCUCGGACGAGUUCAAGAACGCCCUUGCCGAGAACACGAAAGGCUAUGGGGGUGCUGAUCUGCGGGCUCUCUGCACGGAGGCUGCUCUUAAUGCAAUCCAGAGGACAUACCCGCAGAUCUACACUUCGAAAGAGAAGCUUGUAGUGGAUCCUGACAGGAUCACGAUCCACGCUAGCGAUUUCAUGAUCUCAGUGAAGAAGAUGAUCCCGUCGUCGGAGCGGUCCACCUCGUCGUCGGCCCAUCCGCUGCCGCGCGUUGUCGAGCCGCUGUUGCGAAACCAGUACAGAGCUAUUCUCAGGGUGCUUGACAGUGUCCUGCCGCGCCCCAAGAAGAUGACGGCGCUUCAGGAAGCCAUGUAUGAACCAUUCGAGGAUGCCGACCACGGAUUUGGGAGGGAAGCGAUGCAUCAGGAGUUUGAGCGUUCCCGCAUUUACCGUCCUCGGCUGUUGAUUGCCGGCACCCCCGGGAUGGGCCAGAACUACUUGUCGGCUGCUAUCUUGCACUACUUGGAAGGGGUGCAUGUCCAGACGAUGGACCUUGCCACUCUGCUCGGUGACGGACGGCCCAUGGAGCAAGUGAUUGUGAGUCUCUUCACGGAAGUAAAGCGGCACAAGCCGGGUAUCAUCUUCAUCCCCGGCGUCGAUGUCUGGUGGAACAGCAUCAGCGACGCGGCCAUGACGACUUUUACCACCUUGCUGAGGAGCAUCCCACCUUCCGAUCCCGUGCUUCUUCUAGCAACAGCGGACUGUAUGCCUGAGUUGUUGGCACCGGAAAUCCUCAAGGAGCUGUUUGGCUUCUCCAAGAAGAACCGGGCUGUUGUUGAGCGCCCGGAGCGGGAAAACCGGCUCGAGUUCUUCGAGAAUAUCAUCGGCCACCUUUAUAGAACCCCCAAUGACUUCCCCGAUCCGGCGAACCGCCAGAAGCGAGUGCUGGAGGAUCUCCCAGUGGCGCCCCCACCACCACCCAAGGAACUGACGAAAGAGGAGAUCAAGGCUCAGCGCAAAGCUGAUCUGCAUCAUCUCAACCUGUUGAAGAUGCGCCUGCAGCCGAUCAUGGACCAGAUUCACCGCAAGUACCGGAAAUUCAGGCAACCCGUGAUUCCUUUUUCGCAGAUCACCUAUCUCUUUGACGAGGCCGACCCCAACUUCGUCCGGCCCGAUCUUGUCGCGGGCCAGAACCGGCCUUUCGAGAUCGCCAAGGACAAAGAAGGAACAGAAGGUAUUCGAGAAACGGCAACGGGCAAGUUCUUCUACAACCUGGAGACGACCACGAUCGAGGAGCGUCUGGCAAACGGCUACUACGCCAGGCCCAUUGACUUCUACAAGGAUAUCAACAGGCUGUAUCUCGAUGCGAAGAACAUAGGGGAUAGGGACAGGACGCUCAAGGCCAAUGAACUCCGCACGAAUGUUGAAGUCGAUGUCCACGACAUUGAGCAAACGCUCACCAACCAGGGCAUCAGGUUCGAGGACAUCUACCAACGGCAGCUGCAAAGGGCCAAGGAGGCCGAGGAGAAGGCCCGGAAGAGGAAGGCGCUGCAGCCGGUAGUGGACUUGAUCCAAUCCGACAUCCCGGGCGACGGCGAUAGCGAUUCGCAAGGACCAGUGGGGAUGGGGCUUCCUCUGGCCCGGGAUAUGCGGACCACGACCGCGGCUAGGUUCCAGCCGAUAAUGAGUCCUCAGUCUAACGGGCAUGCGGACACCGCUGACUCGCACCGCCUGACGAACGGCACAUCCAUACCAUCUCGUCUAGACGGCGAGGACGUCCAUAUGAGUGGCUUGGAUGACGAGACGCAGCGUCUGUCUGGGGCCGGGCCAGGCUUGUCCUCGCCUGUUCACCAAUGGCCUCAUCUGGCACCUCCGCCACCGCUCGGCGAUUCGACCAGGGCGACUGCCGGAACACAGCUGUCACAACGCUCGGCGCUCACUUCGAUGCCCGCAGGAGUCCCUCCGUCGGCCGUGGUGAACGAUGCGUCGACAACGAAGACGUCAGAGCUCUCGACCAACCGGGGCUCUGGACACUGGAGCACGCAGCGCACCGACACGCAGCACACCAAUGGCACGGCACACAAUGCAGAUGAGACAUCGUUGCUCGUCGACACGCAGCGGCUUACACAGGACAUCGGUCUGCCGCAGAGCGGCCACUCCCUCAGCCAGUCCAGCUCCAGCGGCAGAGAAUGGGCGCAUUCACAAGCGGCCGCCAUGGCCGCAGGGAUCCUCCAACCCCGGCCGGGAAUGGGCCCGCCCCUUAGGAUCGGUUCCGCCUCGGUCCGGAUUGCAGAAGAGGACAACAUCCCCCCGUCGUCCUCUCAGCGCUCGCCACGCAAGCCCUCCGGCGCCAGUCUAGGCAACAUCCUCAACGAGGACAGCAGCAGCAGCCACCACACUUCGGCCGACAGCGGUGGCGCCAGCGGUCCCAGCGUGCACACCCCGAGCAGCGGCGCCAGCGUGGGAAGAGGCAGCAGCAACCACAGCGCGCCCCGCGGCUCAGGUGGCCCUGCCGCCUCCCUCCCGGGCUCCGUGCGCGCCAGCCUCGCCGCGGGGAGCCACAACCUGCGACAGUCGGGCGGCUCGACCGCCUCGUCACAACAGCCCAUCAUCGACGAAGGGCGGGUUCACGAGUUCCUCCAGACGCUGGCGGACCGCACGUCGGGCUGCAGCGUCGAGCAGCUGGAGCAGAUCUACCGCGAGCUGAUGGACGAGAUCUGGAAGACGCGGCACGAGUGGAACCGCAUGACGGUGCUCAACACGCUCAUGUCGGUCUUCAACGAUACGAUAGGGGAUAUCGAGCUUGUGCAGGGCGCGUUGGUCGAUUCUCAGAAGCAGAAUAAGAACAAGGGAGGCGUCGAUGCGAAUGGCGGCGAGGUGCUGGAGGGUCUGGAACGUGGUGGAGUGGGGGGCAGCCAGAGCCAGAGCCAGAGCCAGAGCCAGAGUCAGGGCAGGGAGAAGGAGAAGGAGGUGGAGGAGGCCUGGGUUUAUCUCCGGUGAGAGCGCGGGACUGCAUGGUGGUGUAUAAAAAAGAGUGAUGGGAUUUGGUGAUGGUGGCAGCACAAGGAGCAAAAAGAAGAAACAAAAUUGGUGUGUUCGGGGGUUGCCCUGGGCGGCGAAGCCGGUCACAACUCGU